AUGGCCAAGUAUAGUCUAUCAUGGCUUCUCGCCGUGUCAAGCAUACUAUCUGCAGCGAAUGGCUUUAAUCUUUAUCCUUUGUUACCCAGCGAAGUGAUGCAGACUAUGCUGGGCAUAUCUCCGCAAUGUCUCACUGCACUCAAUACAACUUUGCCAUGCGAUAAUUUUCUCUUCCAGUGGACUUUGAACGUGGACCGUAUUCACUGGGAGGAGGCAGACGUGGCGACUCUAUGCACGGCAGAAUGUACGGCUGGCGCGCAACGCUGGAGAACAACCGUGAGAGAUGCGUGCGCAGACCAGUACGUUCGCUCCGGUGGCAAGUACGCUCCGGCCGAUACUCUAAGCGGUCGUUUCUUUGACGGUCUUGUUGUGGCUUGCGCGCAAUCAUCUGCCAAGGCAUGGUGUCUGCUCGAGUCCUAUGACUGGGUCGGCUCCGAUGUGGUCCAGAUUGACUGCGAAGCCAAUCCUGCCGAUCCGUGGUGCAUCAACAAGGCCGAGCCACUGGCCAAUAACAGUCGCAUCUCUACGCUCUAUGACGAUGCGCUCUUGUGCUCGGAGUGCUUCGUCAAGAUGCUUCGGCUGCGUGUCAAUUCGGAUUACCCUCCCGACGCGGACUUUUCUGACUACUUGACGGAGGAGCUGCAAGACGUUGAGAAAGUUUGUGGCCACGAGUCGGAGCCAAUCACCACCCGUGCGGUGCCCUGGUAUCCAGAGCUGUCAGAUGCUCCGUUGAUUGGCAUUCCGACGACACCUUCGACUACAACGGCGCAACCUACGCCCACUGCGUGCACUGGUCGCACGGUUGACAUAGUCCCGGAUCUUAAGGAGGAAAUGACAUGCCAUGACAUUGCGGAAAAGUAUGAAACCGGAUCUGGUGAAGUCGCCAUUGCUACAAAGGAUGACCUUUGCCGUGCAACAAAGCCUAUCUGCCUUCCUCAAAAGUGCACACUUUACGCCGUCGAGGCCGGUCAAACUUGUGAGAACGUAGCAAGCUCCAUGUCUAUGCUGAAUAAUGCCACCGUCACUGUUGCUCAGCUUGCAACUUGGAACCCCAACCUGCUCGGUGUUUGCGAUGGUCUUGUGGAACAAUUUGUCUGCGCAAGCCCUCCUGGUUUCGCAUGGAAGAAACCACCAGAGACCGAGAUCCCUGACGAUGGCGACGGCCCCGUAUGGCUCGGCUACUACUAUUGCGUAGCAAACAAAAGUGGUGCCACGGCAACGACUUCUACUUCGCAAGCAUCAGUCACCACGACCACAUCGACUCACACGGGCCUGGCCAAGCCCACCCAGACGCAGGCCGGCAUCAGCAAGGACUGCAGCAAGAUCGAAGAGGCCAAGAGCGGCGACUCUUGCUGGGCCAUUGCGAACCGGGCCGGUAUCGAGCUGUCGUCUCUUUACGUGUGGAACGCAGGCUUGGGAGCAGCCGGAGAGAACUGCGGCACGCAAAUCUGGCCAGGGUACUGUUACUGUGUGGGCGUUGGCCCGCCUCCAACGACUACAUCGACGGGGCCGGCGCUGCCUACGCAGACGCAGCAAGGAUUCCCGAGGGACUGCAAGAAGUAUGUGGCGGCAAAGAGCGGCGAUAGCUGCUAG